GUGAGGGCUGGGGUACACUUAUAGGAGGGGUCACAUUUACACAAUCCAACACUCGACUUCUCAUAUUCGUGUACUGUUGCUUGGACGGACAGCAUCCAGUUUUUCCACUCUAUAGGAUUCCUGUACGCGGGACUUGACAUUUUAACCAGAGAUCUAAUUAAAAGUCAUCAUGGCUGUAGAAGGAGGAGCGAAAUGUAUCAAAUACCUGCUCUUUUUCUUUAAUUUCAUCUUCUGGCUGUGUGGCCUGACCUUAAUAAUUAUUGGGGUAUUGGCUAAAUUGUCUAUCGACACCUCAGCCAUCAUCAAAGGAUACUCCGGGUCUCCUGUAUUGCUGAUAGUGGUGGGAUCCAUCAUCUUCUUCAUUGCAUUCUUUGGCUGCUGUGGUGCCUGGAAGGAGAAUCAGUACAUGAUGACCAUGUUCACUGUUCUUCUGUCCCUCAUCAUCAUCAUUGAAAUCGGAGCCGCCAUCGCUGGAUAUGUCUUAUGGGGGAAGCUGAAUGAUCUACUGCAUGAACGCUUUGACAUCAUGAUCGCAGGAUACAAUGAAACAGGAAAUCAUAAAACCAUUGAUAAUAUACAGCAAGAGCAAAAGUGCUGUGGAAAAAACUCGUCUCUUGAUUGGCUGAACUCAAAAUUCUUGGCUCCCAAUUCAGUCCCAGACUCCUGCUGUAAAAACAUCACUAAGGAUUGUGGUGAAGGAGCUAUCCGAGACACCAUAAAAAUCUACACGGGUGGAUGUCAGCCCAUUAUGGACAAGUUUCUAAAGGAAGUCAUCCUGUUUAUCUCUGUGCCAGCUCUGGUCAUUGGACUUGUGCAGAUCACAGGCAUUGUGUUGUCCUGCAUUCUGAUGCGAGCCACCCGCAGUGGGUAUGAGGUCAUGUGAUCACAUCUAGUUACAGCACUUCACCCAUAUCAGCACAUCACUUACAGCUUUCAG